UAGAACAGAGCAAAGGAGCUGCUUCCUUACCAUGAAGAUGAAGCUCUUCAGCCUUCUCUUCUUCCUUGUCUUCUUGUCAUUACUCCCGUUCUCCCACUCCGGGCGCUACAACGCCCUCUUUAACUUCGGCGACUCCCUCUCCGACACCGGCAACGUCGUCAUCGCCGGCCUACCCUACGGCAUGACCUACUUCGGGAAAGCCACGGGGCGCUGCUCCGACGGCCGUCUCAUUAUCGAUUUCAUCGCCGAAGGCAUCGGGCUGCCGCACCUGCCGCCCAACACCGUCGCCAACGCCAGCUUCGACCAAGGCGCCAACUUCGCCUUCAUCGCCGCCACCACCCUCCCGUUCGCCUUCUUCCAUGAGCGCAACCUCAGCAAGGGGCUCUGGGUGAACGCCUCCAUCCACGAGCAGAUCGACCGGUUCCAGAACCUGCUCCCCUCCAUCUGCGGUUCGCCGCAAGAUUGCAAGGAUUUCUUGAGCGGAUCGCUGCUGGUGGUCGGCGAGUUCGGCGGAAACGACUACAGCACUGGCCUAUUUGCCAGCCGGACGAUUGCUGAGGUGAGCACUUUCGCGCCGUCGGUUGCCGCAGCAAUCGGAGAAGGCAUCGAGAGAUUGAUCGGCCUCGGCGCUGUCGACCUCAUCGUGCCAGCGUUGCUUCCGGUCGGCUGCUUCCCGCUGUACCUGACGCUCUACAACACCUCCGACCCCGACGACUACGGCCCCCGGACCGGCUGCAUGCGCCGCCACAACGCCUUGUCUUGGUACCACAACAAGUUGCUCCGCCGGCAGCUCGACCAUCUCCGUCUGAAGUACCCGGCCGUCUCCAUCCGCUACGCCGACCUCUACUCCCAGGUCUUCGACUUCGCCGUCAAUCCCCUCAAAUACGGAUUCAGAGACGGAGCUUUGAGGACUUGCUGUGGGGCGCCGGGAUCCGGGCGGUACAACUUCAAUAUGCGGGCGAAGUGCGAUCAGAAUGGCUCGAGCGUGUGCCCCGAUCCGACCACGCACGUGAGCUGGGACGGGAUCCACAUGACGGAGACCGCCCACCGGAUCAUCGCCGCCGGCUGGCUGCAUGGCCCUUACCUCGAUCCCCCAUUUUGAGCUCCGGCGACAAGUGAGGCAGCGAGACUCUGCAUGCAGAAUCUUGUUCCGUUGGCAGUUUGCAUGAGUUUGUGAGAAAUGAUAGAAACGAAUUAUAAUUUUGAUGUUUUUAGAAAAAAAAAAAAGUAAUAUCAAAUCUGUUUAUCUAUGGC